AUGUUAAUCUCCAUCAUUGCGGUUCUCUGUACAAAUGCAGUUGGUACUGCGGCAAAGCAGAUGUGGUCAACUGAGCCUGCUGAUGCGUCAAACAUUGAGAUGACAGCGUAUCCCCUGGGAAAUGGGAAACAGGGAGCCAUGCCAUUGGGUAUCGCAGGAAAGGAUAUCGUAUACUUCAAUCAUGACAGCCUGUGGUCAGGUGGCCCAUUUGCGAACAAGAGCUAUGUUGGCGGGAACCCCAAAUCUUCGCUAGCGGAGUAUCUACCAGGGAUUCGGGAUUCAAUCUUUAAGGAUGGGACUGGAGGCAAGUCGCCUGAAUAUUGGAGAGCGUCAUCCUUUACUUACUCUACUGUAGAUGAAUCUGCCUUGUAUGGUAGUGACGUCGAUUAUGGAUCAUAUGAGAUCUUAGGACAGCUCACCGUCAGUAUUUCUGGCACCCAGAAUAUCACAUCUUAUAGGCGCUCCCUAGAUCUUGAUACCGCCAUUCAUGAGGUCACUUACAAUUCAAAUGGAGUGGACUUUGAAACGAUUCAAUUCUGCUCGUAUCCAGCAAAGGUCUGCGUCUACUAUAUCGAGGCUUCUGAUGUGUUGCCAGAUGUGACGAUCGGCUUCAAAGAUCAGGCUCGAACGACACCGCCUUCCAAGACUUCGUGCUCCUCGGACAGUAUACGGCUUCAUGGCCAGACACAGGCAAAUACUAACCAGGGGGAUAUCGGCAUGAUAUUUGAUGCGCAUGUUGAAGUUGUCACACCCUCAUCAACUACCUGCACCUCGUCAAAUGAGAUUGUGGUCACCGGAAGUACUGCGAAGUCGCUAUUGCUUCUUGUCGGUACUGGUACCAACUAUGACCAGACAAAGGGCAACAGCGUAGACAAAUACUCCUUUAAAGGACCGGAUCCGUAUCCCAAUAUUCUGUCAACUGUCCAGGCGGCAUCUAAGGAGUCCUACCAAUCCCUCCUCAAGACCCACAUAACCGACCACCAGUCAUGGAUGCACAAAUUCACCUUGAAUCUUCCAGAUCCAAAGGAUUCCGCCGAGGUCGAUACAACUACAUUGAUAAAUGGUUAUUCAACCUCAGAAGGAGAUCCAUUCGUUGAAGGGUUGAUUAUAGAUUACGCAAAGUACCUAUUUAUUGCGUCCUCGAGACCAGGGUCGCUUCCCCCUAAUCUGCAAGGCAAUUGGGCCCCUGACAUGGCUCGUCCAUGGAGCGCGGAUUACCAUAUCAAUGUAAAUCUACAAAUGAACCAUUGGCACACCGAAAUGAUGGGAUUAGGAGACCUAAUGGGCCCUUUAUGGGAUCACAUGGAAAAUACUUGGGUCCCACGAGGUACUGAGAGCGCAAAGCUCUUCUACGGCGCAGAUGGCUGGGUUACACACACCAACGUGAACAUAUUCGGGCAUACGGCGCAAGAGAAUGAUGCUUCUUGGUCGAACUACCCAGCAUCUGCUGCAUGGAUGAGUAAGAAAUACUUCUUGGCCCCACCUGAUGAAAUGCUGAUUACUUUACUAAUCAAAUUCUCCGACAUAGUGAAACAUGUCUGGGAUCGAUAUGACUAUUCCCGGGACCUUGAAUGGUACCGUUCUACGGGAUACCCGAUGAUCAAGGGGGUGGCACAAUACUGGCUGUCAAUGCUAACAACAGAUGAAUAUUUCAAAGACGGAUCGUUGGUUGCUAUUCCUUGCAACUCACCAGAGCAUGGUUCCACUACCUUUGGUUGUGCCCACUGGCAACAGCUCAUUUGGGAACUCUUCGAUCAUAUCAUCAUGGAUUGGGAGGCUUCGGGUGAUGAAAGUGAGGGUUUCCUUCAGAGCGUGAAGAAGGCGUAUCAAAGUAUCGACAGCGGGGUUCACGUGGGCUCAUGGGGUCAGAUUCAAGAGUGGAAGCUGGAGAUGGAUCAAAAAAACGAUACUCACCGUCAUCUGUCUGAGCUCUAUGGAUGGUACCCGGGGUACGCCAUUUCCGGCGUGCACGGCGACAACCAAACGAUCAUAGAUGCUGUCACUACCACCCUUUAUUCUCGCGGUAAUGGAACCGCAGAUUCCAACACCGGAUGGGAGAAAGUAUGGCGUUCUGCGUGCUGGGCGGCGCUAAAUAAUACAGAUCAGGCGUUAGUAUCCACUUUCAUGAUCCGAGCUCGCGUUCUCUCCCCACAUCUGAAACUUAAAGCUGACUGGGUCUCAUUUCGCGAGAACAGAUACAUGGAGCUGAAGUACAGUAUUGACAUGAACUUUGCACCAAAUGGUUUAUCCGGCUCUACAUCAUCCCAACCGCCCUUCUACCUCUCGACGCCUUUCCAGAUAGACGCCAACUUUGGCAUUGCGGGUGCUGCACUCGCAAUGCUGGCGACUGAUAUACCACAGUCAUUUGGUGAUACCAGCGCUCACAAAGUCAUUUUGGGUCCUGCCAUCCCAUCUGCAUGGGGAUCUGGUUCUGUUAUGGGUUUGAAGGUUCGUGGAGGUGGAAGUAUCACCUUCAAAUGGGAUGGCAACGGUAAAGUGACGGAAGCGACUAUAGACGGCCGCUCGCUGCCUUUAGUGGUGUACGACCGGGACGGUGGUAUUCUGGCGCAGCAUUAG